AUGGCGGACGGAAAGCUAAACCAGGGCAAUACCCUUUAUGUGUAUUUCACUCGAUACUCCAGCUGGGGAUCUCGCGUGGAACUUCUCAUUUCGUACUUCCAAAUCCCUUGUGAUGUUCGGAUGUACGGGUUGAACAACCCGGCCGCCGCACCGCCGUCCCGCUUCGUAGGGGGUCUACUCCCGGCACUGCAGCCGGACCCGGAAGAUGAGGACUUCAUAAUCUCCGACUCCCUCGCUAUAUGCGAGUUUCUCGCAGAGCAAAAUCCAGAGCUUAAUUUAUGGCCGAAGGACCCUAAGUUGAGGGCGUUGGCCAGAGCGGCAGUAGCGAAAAUGCAUUCCGGUUUCAGCGAAUUGCGUAACACAUACCAUACUAACUUCUUCGGAAAGUAUACCGGUCAGGUACCUCUCACCGACGCCGGAGCCAAGGAAGCUAGGAGUAUGGUUGAAAUUUGGAGUAAGGCCCGGGCUGAUACGAAGAAGAGGCUACAAGAGCUAGGUGAGGAGGACGGCGGGUUUUUAUUCGGGAAGUUCAGCAUCGCCGAUACCUUCUUCUGGCCUGUUCUAUGGCGCUUCCGUAGCUAUCAGCUUCCUUUGACGGGGAUAAGUGAAGAUGGCUUGAAGUGGAUGGCGAAAAUGUGGAGUGAUCCGGUCGUCAAGAAGCAAAUACAGGAGUAUUCGAAACAAGCCCAAAAUCCAUUGACCAGGAUCGAGAAGUAUGAGGAUAUCUUUAAAGGAAAUCCCAAUGUUAAGUAUAGCCAAUUUACCGAGGACUGGAGUUUCGAGCCAAGCGUAUAA